GUUCCAUUCACUUCCUCACCUUAAUUACUGCUAUCGCUUUUCUUCAAUUCAAACAGUAGGGGAAAAACCUCUGUAAGGUGUAUUUUUUAGAUUCGGAUUGAAAUCCAGUUGUGGUUAGUUUUCAGGAGAAAAAGCCUAUUCGUUUUGGUAUUAAGGAUUCCGGAAGCAUGACAUCAAGCACGGAGGCAUUGCUCCUUGAAGCCAAGAACCUUGAGAUGCAAGGCUUAGAGAAGCAUAAAAUUGUUCUGGCUUCUGCUUCUAGUCUCGAUGAAAUGCUUAAUGAGGUUUACAACACUCGCUCACCAAAACCAAUUGAUUACGAUAAUAGAAGAGAUUUGAUUCGCAUCUUCAAUGUCAUGGCCAAGGAGAUUUAUGGCAAGUGUAAUGGUUUUCCUAUUGUGGAGGUAUUUGGUUCUUUUGUAAUGGGCAUGUUCAAUGCUGAAAGUGAUUUAGACUUAUCUAUCAAUUUUACAAAUAAUGGGGCUAAGAUUUCUAGAGUGAAGAAAAUUAAUGCCCUUCGCAAGCUGGCAAGAAAGUUACAUUCCAUUAGAAGAGGAGGUCAUGUUAGUGACAUUCAAAAAAUUCUCUCUGCUAGGGUGCCGAUUGUUAAAGUCAUUGAUCGUGGAACUAGGAUUGAAUGCGAUGUGUCAGUUGAGAAUAGGGAUGGUAUUUUAAAAUCCCUUAUUAUUCGUGCAAUUUCUACAAUCGAUGAAAGGUUUCUAAAGCUUAGUUUCUUGGUAAAAGCUUGGGCCAAGGCCCAUGAUAUUAACAGUUCCAAGGAUCAAACUCUGAACUCUUUAUCAUUAAUAUUAUUAGUUGCUUUCCAUUUGCAGACUCGGGAUCCUCCCAUAUUACCUACAUUUUCUGCUUUAUUUAAAGAUGGAUAUGAUCCUGAAGCUGUAGUGAAGAUGGUCCAAAAUUACUUGAAUUAUGGCAUAAGGAAUAAAGAAUCCUUAGCGGAGCUUUUCGUUACUCUAUUGGUUAAGCUUGCUUCUGUUGAACAACUUUGGCAGAAAGGGCUUUGUGUUAGCUUGCGUGAAGGAUUUUGGAUAUCUAAAGCUUGGGAUUCUGAGUUUUGCACUAUUCAUAUCGAGGAUUUCACAGAUCAGUCUGAAAAUGUUGCAAGGGCUGUUGGAACACAAGGUUUUGAAAAAAUACAUAGCUCCAUCCAUCGUUCGCUUCAUUAUCUUGGGGCUUUUUCCGAAGGUCAGAAGUUGGGAACUAAGCUAAAAGAACUUUUGUUUGGUAGAGAUACCACCUCUAGUGUAGGGGAUAGUGUUGCUAUAAAUCUGGAGCUCUCUGUCCCCAAUAACUCUAUCCAAUUAACAGACGACCUAAAAGGAGCAAAAACCCUGUCCAGUGUAGGGAAUAGAGUUGCUAUAAAUCUGGAUAAAAGUACAACCAAGCUCUCUGUCCCCAAUAGCUCCAACCAAAUAAAGAUCCAAUUAACAGAAGACCUAAACGGCGCAGAAAAUCGAAGUAAAAAACAGUUUGUUGUUCAGCAUGGCUCCCAUCAAACAAAGAGGAGGCAUUUUACUGGCCUGGAUGAAUCCAAGGGUGUUAAACGAUGGAAAGGGGCACAUCUUGGGGGCAAGCGGGCAGGAGUACGGUACAGAGAAGUAAUUGAGGAACACCUUAAACCUCUACCAAGCAUUAGAUGGAAAGGGAAAGAUCCGGAGGGUAAAAGGAGGGAAUGGCAUAAUUUUGGUGAAAAUAGGGGUCAUUUAUCCACUCAUUUUGUACACCCUAAACCUCUACCACGCAUUCAAUGGGAAGGGAAAGAUCCGGAGAAUAGCAGGAGGGACUGGAAAAUUUUUGGUGAAAAUAGGGAUCAUUUAUCCACUCAUUUUUUUCCACAACCACAAGCGUCUUAUAGUAUCCCUCAUCCUCAUAGUUUAGUUAGCUCAACAUCCCGUGGUCCAGUUAUGCGUCCUAUUUCUGUUCCAAAUUUAUCAAGUUUUCAAGGGUUAUGCAAUCCUGUCCCGCCGCCGCCACCACCACCACCAUCAGGACGCCUUUUUUCAUUAUUGAAUUCUCUAGGUGUUGAUAUAUCACAUAUUCAGAGCACUCCUGCUCCAAUACCACCUAGUGGACCAACUCAUGGUCAACAUGCUCAACAGCAGCCACACUCAAUGCAAAGGAUACUGAGGAGAUAGGUUCUUUCCGUCACACUAGAAAGCCAGUAAGUCUUGAUCAUUGGCUUACAGCUAACACUACAAGUCUUUUAUUUCCUCGGUGAGUAUAGGUUUUUAUUGGUUUUCGUACAAAUUAGGUUUGAUCUUGCCACCGUCUCCCCAACACCUCGAACAUUCUCCCGUGCUUGCCUUUGGUGUACUACAUUUUCCUUUUAUAUUGAAAGAUUUGUUGGCUGAAA